AUGAAAAAACAACGAACUAUUGAUGGGUUUUUUAAAAGAAAACACUCAAGUUCUACUCAAGAUUCCGAAAACCCGCCGGAGAUUGUUUUGGAUGAAGAUGCCCCCAUACCCGAUGUUCAUAAUACUGAUAAUCGUUUCAAAAAACCUCAUCUUGAAAUUAAUGAAAUUGAUCUUAAUACAUUAGAAAGAGAUCCUGGUUUGCGUAAGCAAAUUUAUGAUUAUCCGGUUAAUCAGCGAGAUACUAUUAGGCGAGCAUAUAUUAAUCUUGGUCCCUUUCAACAAACACUUGUUGUAUAUCCAAAAUCGGGACCAGAAACCCAUAAGCGUAGUUUUCAAGCUUCUUGGUUUAAAUUAUAUCAUUGGCUUGAAUAUUCAGAGAGUUUAGAUGCUGCGUUUUGUUUUCCAUGUUUUUUAUUCAACAAGCCUUCGGGAAUGGGACACUACGGCCAACAAGCAUUUACUAUAGAUGGAUUUCAGAAUUGGAAGAAAGUUGGUGGAAAAAGUUGUGCUUUUUUGCAUCACAUAGGGACUGAGUGUACAUCUUUUCACAACGUUGCACAAAAAUCAUGUGAUGAUUUGUUAAACGGGGCACAAGAUAUACGAAAUGUGUUUGAGACAUUUACAGAAGAAGAGCGUAAAAAUAAUAGAUUAAGAUUGAAAGCUACUAUUUAUGCAGUACGUUGGUGUGCCUUUCAAGGAGUUGCAUACAGAGGCCACGAUGAAGGACCAGAUUCCAUAAACAAAGGAAAUUUUCGUCAAAUGUUGAAGGCAAUUGGCGAUUUUAACACGGAGAUGGAAGAAUUGUUUCGUACUGCUCCUAAAUAUGCAUCGUAUAUAUCACCGUCAAUUCAAAAAGAGGUUCUAAACCUUAUAUCAACUAGGGUGAGGAGGAUGAUUUGCGCGGAGAUUGAUGGUGGGAAAUUUUGUUUAGUUGUUGAUGAAGCACGUGAUCAGUCUAAUAAAGAACAAAUGUCAAUUGUUUUGAGAUUUUUAAAUAAAGAUGGAUUUGUUAUGGAGCGUUUCUUUGGGCUUGUUCAUGUACCUGACACUACAGCACAAACUCUUAAGAAUGCAAUUUAUUCUGUAAUGUCACAUAAAAAUCUUGAUCUUAAGUCUAUUCGUGGCCAAGGAUAUGAUGGUGCAAGCAAUAUGCGAGGUCAUUUCAAGGGUUUACAAGCAUUGAUUUCAAAUGAUUGUCCAUAUGCGUAUUAUGUUCAUUGUUUUGCCCAUCGAUUGCAAUUAGCAUUAAUGGCUGCUUCACAAGGAGUUGUUGCAUUACAAAAGUUUUUUACUCAAUUAUCUUUUGUUAUCAAUGUUGUUAGUGCUUCCUCCAAGCGUGCCAACCAAAUUAGAGAUGCACAAGCCGAGGAAAUUGCAUACAAGGUUUCUAUUGAUGAGCUAGAGACAGGUAGGGGUCUUAAUCAAAUUGGCACAUUACAACGAGCUGGUGAUACUAGAUGGAGUUCUCACCUCAAAUCAGUUUCGAGCUUAAUCAAAAUGUUUAGUCCAACUUGCGAGGUUUUACUUAAAAUUAUUGAAGAUGGCACCGGUGCAAUCAAAGGCGACGCAGAUUCAACAUAUGAGGCUAUUACUACAUUCGAGUUCAUUUUUGUUCUUCAUCUCGAGAAAGAAAUAAUGGAGAUCACUGAUUUACUUUGUCAAGCUUUACAAAGACAAACUCAAGAUAUUUGUAAUGCAUUGAGGUUAGUUGCAUCUACCAAAUUGUUAUUACAAAAAAUGAAAGAUGAAAGAUGGGAUAGUUUGCUCUCUCUUGUUAAGUCAUUUUGUCAGGAACGCAACAUUGAUAUCCCGGAUAUGUCUUCUCCCUACUUUAGUAGAGGGGAUCGAGCUCGUAACGAGCGUAGUGAUCAUACACUUGAACAUCAUUACCGAGUGGAUAUAUUUUACGAAGCAAUUAAUUGUCAAAUAAUGGAACUAAAUCAUCGAUUCAACGAUAGCUCAAUGGAGUUGCUUCGACUUUCAACAACUUUAGAUCCUAAGAGUGUUGAUGAGCCUUUUCAAAUUGGUGAUAUAAUUAAGUUAGUAGAUAAGUUUUAUCCUGAAGAUUUCAAUGAACAAGAGAAAACGGUUUUGAAGAUACAGCUUCAACAUUAUGAGAUUGAUGUUGUUCAACAUGCAGAUUAUAAACUAUUGGCAUCUAUGUCCGAAUUGUGUCAAUGGUUGAUAAAGACUAGAAGAGUAGCAAACUUUCAUCUUAUUUAUCGAGUAGUUAGUCUUAUACUUACUCUUCCAGUUUCUACUGCCACAACAGAGAGAUCAUUUUCAGCAAUGAACCUCAUUAAAACAAGGUUACGGAAUAAAAUGGAAGACGAGUUUCUGAAUGACUCAUUGGUUUUGCAUUUCGAAAGGGAACUUGCUGAAAAUAUUAGUUUAGAGACAAUUGUAGAAGAUUUUAAAAAAGCAAAAGAUCGUCGUGUUCCACUUUGA